AUGAAAAGGAGCAACUUGUGCGUGAGCGGCGCGCUGAGCAGCAGCCCGACUGCCAUCCCCCAAAACGGCUGCAACGUAAAUAUGCCAACAUCCCCCAACUUAAUAAAUUAUGAACACGGUCAGAACAUUUUCAUGGGACAAAGCGCAAAUGGCCACGAUUAUAAUUUAUCGGCCAAGCAACAUAUGCUGAGUCAUCAGAGUGUUCCACUCGGCCAGCACCCCUACGGCAACACGGCCAAUUAUGACGCCAAUUAUGGAGCCAAUUAUGGAGCCAAUUAUGAAGCCAAUUAUGAAGCCAAUUAUACAGCAAAGUUUGCAGCAAAUUAUGACUCCAAUUGUGACGUCAAUUACGAUACCAGAACAAACCGCUGUGCGAAUGAAAGUAAGACGAAUUGGCAAAGCGGCAACUCCCUGGGAAACACACACAGCGCGAGUACCAUGCACAUGGCACUGAAUAAUGGUCACCCGUUGUAUGUAACAGAUGAGGAACAGAUUUUAUCUCAGGCCAAACAUUUUAUGGCCAGAACAAAUGUUGACAACGCAAGUGGCCCCCCCAGCGGAAACGUGGCUCAGGCGGUGACCUGCGGCCCAAGCAGUUUGCAGUCAAGUGGGAACCAAGUUGCGCAACAAAACAUGCAACAAAAAAUGCAGUCAAAAAUGCAGUCAAAAAUGCAGUCAAACAUGCAGUCAAAAAUGCAGUCAAAAAUGCAACCAAAAAUGCAGUCCCAUUUGCAGUCACCCGCCCGCGCGGGCAACAACUUGCACAAUGUUACUCCUGAGCAGAAGAAUGCAAAUAUGUGCAACUACAGUUUGCAGCAGAAUUCUGCCCUGAACCAGGAGCACCAAGUGCUGGGUGCGCAGAACGGUUACUGCGCGAGUAGUACUAACAGCAUGGUGAACGCAAAUACCCCUGGUAUGUUAGGGAUGCCUUACCACCCGCGCGACAAUCUUUUAACCCCAAAUGUAGCCGCAAUUGGUGGAGCAAAUAUUUGCGCGAUGAACAGCGCCUCCCAAGGACACCCAAACGGUAUGACACAAGGUACACAACAAAAUCAGGGUGCCAUGGUGAGUAAACAAAUGAAUACCUGGAAGGGAAACUACGACUUGGGGAAGGGCAGCAGUGCGGUUGCCGCGAGUAAUGUUCUUUCUUAUGCAAAUAUUAUGAACGCCGAAGGUGGAAAAAUGGGAGAAGAAUGUACAAGAGGAAUGGGAAAUAAUUACCAAGGCGUGAUGGAUGGCUACGAUGCUAAUUAUGUGAGCAAAAAUUACGGCAGUGUUAGCGGCAACGUUGGUGCAAAUUGCGUUGGCGGGCCUAACGACCCAGGCGGGAACAGUCACAGCCGCGCUCUUAGCAACGGUGCAUGCAGGAGCAGCAAAUAUAAGGGCAACAUGGUGACACCCCAAAGUCACAGCAGCAGUGUGGGACUAAAUAUGAGUGGGAAAAAAUCUGAACACGUUUUCCACAGCAUGAACAAAGUACUAAAUGUAAAUGGCAAGGGGGAAAUGAUGAUGGAUGUUCCACAGCAGUGUGCCCCCGUAAUGAAUAAUAACCAAGUGUUAAAUGACUACAAUAAAGUGCAAGGCAAUUUUCGUGGAAACGAGACUAGUGCACUACCUUUUUGUAGUGUGAAUAAGAACGGUGUUAAGUUUGUCGACCCGCGCAAAAGUGUUGACAGUUAUGUGGCGGUGAGCGCCACCCCCGUGGGUGCCAAAAUGGGUACUGGUAGUGGUAGUAGCAAUAGCGGUGGAAGUGGCGGUGGCAACGGGAUGGGUCCCUACAGCAGUGUGCAAAAUUUUACCAACUGUACGGAUCAUGGGAAGCAAGUGAUUGGGGUUGGCAAUACACACGGCUCUAAACUUGACGUCGCGCCCCAUCAGUCGCAUCCGUUAAGCAGUCACACGGGAGGUGCUUUCACCGGAAGUAGCAACAUGGAGAACAGCUUCAGUGCGGGCGGGCCCAACCUGAUCAACCAAACGGGUAGUUCCUGGACGAUGCAAAAUGGUAGUAGUGGCCGGAUUGGUGGAGGAAUCGGUAGCGGCAGCAAUUUCCCCAGUGGCCUAAACGGUUGCGCGCAGGUCCCCCAAAAUGUGGGAAAUUUCAUCCCCAGGGGGAACGCCAAUGACCCGACUAGCAGUAGCAACGAUAAUCAUGUGCAUGCACAUGUUAUGAGCAGUUACCACCACAGCAACAUGAGCAACAAUUUUGUGCGCGACAAUGCUGAAUUUAUAAUGAACGCAAGGAAUGACAAUAAGAGCAGUGAGGGUGGUGGCCACUUAAGUGCCGUGCUGCGAGCGGGGCACGCCGGCAGUCACGCAAGUGUGCAGGGUAGUAGUUAUGGUGGUGGUUACGGCGUCUCCAUCCCAAAUGACAUACCCAACGUGUUGUCCAGCAAAAAGGAAAACCAGCAGUUUAACGUGAUAAAAAAUAUGAACAUGAUUCAGUCGGGCAACUACCCGUCGAACGCAGUGAACAAUCACGACGUGCAAGUGAAUAACAUGAGUAGCUACCACCAGCCACAUUCCAUGAAAGAGGCCACUAACGGCAUGACCGGUGUGCUCCCCAGUUCGGUUAGCGGCGGCAUGGUGAAUGGCGCCAUGAUGAGCGGCGGCCAAGCGACUCACUUUAAUCCCUACAGCAAGGUCAACAACAAUAACAACAGCGCCGACGCGGGGAAAGGAUCCUACCCGGAAAACGGUUCUCUAAAUGAAAACAAAUUUAUAAGCAGCAGUAAGUACGUUAACGGUAGUGGCACGCCGCAUGGUGGCACAACUCCCAGUGGCACCCCGCACAGUGGCAGUUUAAGUGCAUUGAAGAUGAAAGCAAGUGGGGGCAACAAGGACCUUUCAUCCCCAACGCACAACACAAAUGGAAAUUGCAGUGCGAAAAAGGCAUUUUGCAGUUCUAAGGCGAACACGUCAAAUGUAUAUUCUCCCAGAGGAGGCGAGUAUCCUGUGGGUAAUAACGGGGCAGCGAAGGGCACAUCUGGUAUGCACGCAGGUAGUAGUACUCCUACUGGAAACAACAGUAGUGGUAUGCACCACGGAAUGGGUACUUCCCCCAUUAAUAGUCCCAUGAAUGGAUCGCACAAUGGGCAAGUGAACAGCCUGACCAGUGCCUUGACCAACACAGCGAACGAAAUUGAUCACCUCACAAACAACCUCACCAAUAGUCUCUCCAACAGCAUGACCAAUAGUGUCACGAAUAAUUUACAAGUAGUGCACAAUAAUCAUAUCACACAAAAAAUAAAUAAUAAUAUUUCCAUUAAUUUAUCUAGUGGAAUAAAUGGUAUGAAGAAUGUGAAUGUAGGAGAUGUAAAUAAUUUAAAAAAAAAUGUUUAUGGGCCAGUGAGCGUGGGCAAUAAUAUUGCAUCGAUGGGGGAGAUGAACAAAAGUGGUUCAAAGUUGGACUCUCCAGAGAAUUUCAGCGACUCUAUGAAGUUUGCCCAGGCUAACAAUGGCAGUAGUAACGUGUACACUGGGGAGCCCAUUUCUGAGAAGCGCAACGGGGCGCUGCCCAGUUAUUACCUCGCCAAUGGGAGUGGUGUGACAGGAAGCGGUGUGAGUGGGAGUGGGAGUGGUGUGACUGGAAGCGGUGUGAAUGGGAGCGGCGCUUCCCAGGUGAACGCAAACUACGAUCUACUAAAAAUGAUAGCCAAAGGGAACAACCUGAACCCAGCAGAUGCAACAAAAGGCUUGGCGAUGCACAGAAGAGGAGUUCUUGACUCAAGCACAGCCAACCCCCCCCACGGAAACACAGACAACAUUAAUGGCUCAGGGUCGCGUAACGUAGUUGGCACGAACCACAUUUCCCAAGUGGGCAUGAUGGGGAAGGGGGCCAACGGUGCAGUACCUAUGAGUAGUAUGACCAGUUCUAUGUACACCCACCAUUUUGCAGAUGCACAUAAUCAAACUAUCGUGAGGAACCCCGUGAAGAUGAAAAAUGCAACUGCCAAUGUGAUGAGUGCGGGUGGGGGCAUGAACGACCCAGUGCAUAAUAGGUAUGUCCUAAAGAGUGCAGGUGGUGGUGGAAGUGCUUGUGGAAGUGGUGGUGUGGGCUCGAACCACCUACUGAUGAACGAGUCGACACUGAAUAACAAGUUAAUGGCGCUGAACAGAAAUGCAGGGCUACUACCCGAAGACAACGGCCAGAAUUUCUACCCUGCAGAGGUGAACGGAAAUCACCUAAGUAGAGACUACAUGAUGAUUAAAGAAAAUAUGGAUUCACACUUGGGCCCAAAAAAUGAACUGUUAGCCUCUACCACAGGGGGGGCGGGUAGUAGUAGGGGAUCUCCGCCUCACGUGGAUAAAAAUGAAUUUCCCCUUGUUGGAAGAAAAAAAAAUUUGAAUGAUAUGCAUAAUGGUAAUGGUGUAAUGGCUAGCUCCAAAAGGAGAGGCUCUACCCAGUUAAACAAGGCUAUGCAAUCUGGCAACAUGGUUAGCAGCAGUGAUGAUGGUGGUGAAGCUAUGAAGGCUGCUAUGCACAGGGGAAAUAACCUGGCCGGUCUUCACAGCACAAAUCUGGUGAACACGUCUGAGGUGAAUGGUGGUGUCGGUAUGAUGGGCUCCCGUGGCGGUAGCGCCAAUGGGUUCAGCGGCCCGCACCAUGUACCUAUGGCCACCGCGGCAACUGGAGCGUUCCCCGCGGAGAAGGAACAUAUGUGGACACCAGACAUGAUCAGACUAUACAGCAAGGGUACCUCGAACUAUGGACCAGCGACGAUGCAGCACACAGGGAGUAGCGAUGGCUACGGCGGAAUUUUCCAAAGUGGUGGCAUUGGUGGUAGUUUUCACUUGAACCCAUUGGGAGGCCAAAUUGAUCCCAACAUGAAAAACAUACAUGGUGUAAGUAGUAACCAUCCUCAUGUGGAGCUAUACAAUGGUAAGUAUGGCUCUCCGAAUGAUACGAAUAAGUAUGCUUAUGGUGGUAUGGACAAUGGGCACGUCGCUAACUAUGUGUACGGAGACCACGGGAUGGUGACCACUACUCAUGCUGGUGGAAACUACCCUGGUGUAAAUUUUAACCAGCACAACAAUGGUAGUUUUCCCCCCAAUUCGUAUGAAGGUUUACCCGAUAAUAGCAACAGCGGACAUGGGCAACACGGGUUCAUCCAGUCAAUGGAUGAUGUCCCCACACCCACCAGCGAUCAGAAGAGUCCCGUUAACUUAAAAAAUAUUAUCAACAUUAAUAAUAAUUUUAAUAUGUUAAUGAAUAGCAUGAACAUGGAUGGGGUAGGCGGACUAAUCGGCAUGGACAACAACAACAAUAUGAGCGGCGGGGGUAGUAACAAUCCUAAUGGUGUUUAUUAUGCAAAUAGGAGUAAUGGCCCUGUUGGUAGUGGUGGUGUGAAUAAUCAGCUGUACAAUGACGAUAUGAAUGUGACUUAUAAGAAAGGGAAUAACUUCUCGAGGAAGGGAAGCAACACUGCUGAUGUUGUUGGGUCGCCUACAGGGCCCUCCUCAGGUGGAUAUAACACAAUGAUGAAGGAGACCAACGGGCAGAAUAACACACUUGGUGUGAUGCAAGGAGAGUGGGAGUUAAGUAAUAAUGGGGCCACAAAUGCCUUGGCGAUGAAUUACCCUAUGCAGAAUGUGCAUGGUACGAGUGCAAAUUUUAAUCACUGUAUGAAUGGAUCAGCAGGUAUUAUGAUUUCCCCUCCUACUACAUCUGCCCGUGGAAUGAUAUUAGAGAACCCAAACAAUUUGCUCUACAACAUGAAUAGGAAUUUGAGAAUUCAGGAUGUUGCGAGCACCACAUCUAAGUCCAUGUCGACAAGUGUGAGUGGCAUUUCUUGUGAAGACAAUAUGAUGUCCAUGGGUGGAGCAAAUAUACCUCUGAAUAAUGGGAAUGGCCUUAAUGACCUGAAUCAUCCCUCCCAGCUAGCCAAUAUGCCCAUGAGACAAAAUACUCAAGCGGUGACUGGUACGAAUGCAAAAGGUUCCUACAAGAGGAAAAAAGCUGGUGCUGCAUCAAAUUCGAAUGAACAGGCAAAUGUGAAUGCGGGUUCUACGAAUGUGUUGGCUAGUCCUCCCAAGAGGUCAAGAAAAAAGAAAAAUGACCAGGUGAACCAGGGUUUAGGGUUAACAUCCAAUAAUGACACAAUGGUGAAGUCAUCGCAGAAGGAAAUGAGUAGCAGGAAUGACUCUCAAUUGAAAAAUUCCAAGCUACCUAAGGGUAAUGACAAUAAGGGUAUAGAAGAAGGUGCCAACGGUACCCAGUACAUGCCCAGCGGACAACAACAACAAGAACAACAACAACCGUGCAUUCAAAUUACAAACGAAGGGGGCUCUAUUUCUCCGGGCCGUAGCGGUGGUAUGGAGUACAAUGUACACAGUGCUGAUGAGAACCGUGUAGCCCACGUGGAUGCAGUGGGAACAGGAUUAGAGAACAGUAGAAGAUUGGUGGGUACCCCAAAGGAUGCAAGUACCAUGAAUCAUGAAAAUGAGAAUAUUGAACAUGUGCUUUCAGGUUAUUCUUACACAGGUGAAGGGAGUCCUAAUGGCGGGGUAGGUGCAGCAGCCAUUGCAGCCAGAUGCACUGCUACUCCUUUCCCCGGUGAAGCAUCAUCUGCACAGGGAACCCAUUUGAGCCAUCCAGGUUCUGACCUUUCCCCACACAGUUGGCAGGGAGUGGGUAAUGACAAUUGUGUAAAUGGUGUUUCGUGUCCAGGCCUCGGAGUCGAUAGUAGUAACAACCAAGCCAAGGACGACGCUUCUGCAGAGGAGAGUUCCAAAUUGGUAAACUCGCCUAGUGUAAAAAAUGAUUCAAAGGAUGAGCAGAAGAAUGUCAUGGAAAUGAGCAUUGACAUGUCGCUCAAAAGUAUAGAACAGUCCAUUACCAAGUACAAUGAAAUGAAAAAAAAUAAGGACUCGUUAUAUGGGGAAGGGGAAGCCGUCGUGGUAGAUGUGGAUAAUAUUUCCACUUUAUCUAGCCAGCAUGCCAACUGGAUCGAUGACAAAAGGGAUGAACAUGCAAGCGCCGCCAAGGACUUUGGUUGUAAGAAUAUUUAUUCUUCUAUAGAAGAAAUAUUUAACGAACCUAGUGUGGACAAUUCAAGUGAAGGACAUGAUGAGGGUAGAAAUGGGGAUAGUCGUUUGGGCAAGGCGGACAGCAGGGACGAGAGCAGCCUGGGGGAUCCGGAUGUGUGUGAUAAACCUAUUGGCGAACUGUCUAGCAAACCCGACGCGGAAGGAGGUUAUGCGGCGAACCAACCUCACCACACGGAACAGGGAGAACAAACGAGCAAAAGUUCCCACGAGGAAAACAUUGAGUACGAGAGGAUAAUGCUGGACGAUGUUUGUAAGUUGAACUAUGAAGAUCUGUAUGUCGCUAACGGGACGGACGAUCUGAGCGAUGGAAAAGGAGCAGCAAAGGGAGAAGAACAGGAAGAGGAAGAGAAGGACGAAGCGACAAAGGGAGAUGGAGAAAAAGAGGAAGCGGCAUACCUGACCGAGGAAGGACAUGGCGAUAGCAGUACCUCCUUUGGGAAUGCCCCGAGCAGGGAUAAUGACAGUGUCAUUCUGUCUGUGUAUAAUUUGGAAGACGGGGAAAAAUUUCACGUAACAAAUAGAGCUUAUAACAUUUUUGAAGAACAAAAGGGGGGUAAUAAAAAGGUGAAAGAAUUUGUGGAAGCUGGUUCCAUUACCAUUGAAUUGGAUGAGGAGAAUCUGCAUGGCGAAGAGCAACAUCAGAAGGGGGGUGUGCAUUAUUAUGCGAAUGGAAGUAUCACGGAAAAUGGAGACCAUGCGUUUGGUGUGCUCAACAAUUGUGUCAUCGAGGAGGAGGAUGGCACCAAUGAGGAUAGCCCUAGUGAAGACAACACUGCAGACGAGGCAGGAGAUGGGAAAGAAGUUACACCUCCAACGGAAAGCGUGAAUGAAGAAAAAAGCAAUGUCCUGGAAAUACGUAGUUUUAGGAGAGAGCACCUUACUAAGCCGCAAAAGCUGACACUCGUUUUGAGCCAGAAAAUGUUGAAUGAACUGGAGAUGAUUUACCAAAAAAUAAAAAAAGUGAGAUGUGGUGAUGGAGAGCAAAUAAACUUUAGUGUCUGUAGAAAAAUUAAUCGGCAAGAAUUCAGGGCAGUGUGGAAUUACCUAGCAUGCAUCAUGGACCAGAGUUACAAGGAAAAGGGGAAAUUAAGAGUUGUUAAAAUUGUUAGAUCUAAUAUGAUGCAGCAGGUUUUUUAUGAAAAGGGAGAAAAGCCGAAAAUGCUCACGCUGGAUUUUCAUAUGAACGCCCCGGACGAGACGUCCGAUGUCCAAGGAGGCAUUGUACGGUUAGAAAAUUCGUUCAUAACAAGUGAGGCCACGAAGAGGGAACUGGACACUCUCAUUAGGGGAAAUUUUGAUAUCACAUUGGAUUCCCUAUCUCUGUGCACUUCACCCGUUUUUAAUAUGUAUAGGGGUAGCAGCAAUUUCAGCAUGCUGUCCACAUUUCAAGGCGAAAUGAUUCAGUUGUACGUUUCCUCUGCGAAGGCGUGCAAAGGGGUCAUAGAACUGCACGAGGAUGCAAGUGGCUUUGAAAACACAGAAAAGAAGUAUUUAAUAACCAUCCGUGCCAACUGCCAAGAUUUUCACGAAUUUAUGAAUAGUUUUUCUGAGCUCAUUUUUUAA